UUCCACAGAAUUAGGUUAUGGAUUGAGAGGGUGAAAUGACGAGGCCGGUUAUGACGGCAUUGAGCCACAAGAAAAGAGCCCGAGAAUCUGCCGGGGUGGCGGGCAGCCCCUCGUCUGCGCCGGCGAGCUUCUGGGCGACUUUCUGCUUUCUGGAGGAGGCUUCUGGAGAUGCUUUGGAGUGCAAGGAUCUACCACUUGUAUGUAGCUACUUUAGCAGGAUGUCCGGGCGAUAACAACGGCAGGGGCAGUCUGCAGGAGGGUGACCGGGUGGGUCAUGACCCCGGGAUUCUAGAUACAGAGUGCCAAAGGUUCGAGAACUGGAUGGUGGCAUUCCCUGAAGGCGUCAAGCACGGAGGGUCCUCGUCUCUCGUGGCGAUGACCAAGUGGUUUUCUCGUCCCUCACUAAAUUAUAGCGCCAGCUAAGGUAAAACCCCUUGCAUUUAGGUACCGAGUACUCC